AUGAAGACAAACAAGAACCAAAUCUUCCGUAUAGAAGAUGCCUCGCGCCAGCCGACCGGUCUCUACGACCGCGUUACCUGGACACUGGUUGACCAGCCCAACAACGAACCCAGCCGAGCCUUCCUUCAAUACUGGAGACUGUUGGGUGAAGUCCGGCUCGAUGGGCUCCAAGAGCCUGUCAUGAAAGCUGAGCGGGACACGAUUUGGCUUGGUUUCAGACACGAAGACGUCUGGACGGAGGAUGCCAGCCCUCAUUUGGCCGAGAUGGCAUUUGAGCCUUUGGACAUGGCCCCCAUGGAUGUUCUCGAGAUGCCACUGAGAGAGCUGUUGGACUGGUGGUUCUCGUGCUAUCAGUACUACUUGAUCUCUGGUGAUCAGACUAGUCCGCGGCCGGUUUCCACGUCGCCGCGCGAUUGGGCCUAUCAUUGA